GGGGCCCAGCCACGGCCAGCUCUAACACUCUUGUUCUGUUGCAGGGGUUGUGCUCACCUUUGGGCUAGUUAGCAGCCUUAGAAAUGCCUUCAGGUCUGUUGAAAGGGAGCAGUUGAUUUUGGAGUGAAUGGUGGCUUGUCAGAAGCUGCAAGGAUGAGGGGGCGGCAUUGCCAGAGUGAAAUGGAAUUGGCUUGCUUUCCUGGGGUGGGGGCGAGACUGAGUGGUUCCGGCUCUGCACAGGACCAUGCUGCUUUGCUGUGUGGUGACGUGAAAUGACAGUCUUGGUUCAGAAAGGUGUGUCUCUCAGUGCUGUGAGUGGGCGAGGGCAGCCUCGUGUGACAUAGGCUGUUGAACUUGCUGCUGGGGACAGUACCAAGUGCCUGGAGGCUGUUGUCACAUGUUUGACGGUUCUGUGGCAAAUGAGUGCUGAAGAAACUAGACUGUUGAGGUUUUUAGAGCGGAACCUGGAGUCCAUUUUAAGUUUGGUUUGUAGCGUACACUGUGUGGCAAGCGUUGGGGUGGCAGCCGUGGUUUUUUUCCUAGUGUGUACCUAAGCAGAGUAGUAAGAGAGUGAUGUUCACACUGUUUUCUGGACACCUGUUUCUUACACCCACUGUGCUGCCUUACACUUGAGACUUUGAUUAAAUCUAUUCUCUACAUAUUUGCCUUGAGGCAUCGGAGCAGUAGUGCUACUAUACUGUGCAUUUUCCGUGUGUGGGUAAGCUGGAGGUUCAUGGUGUGGUAAGUAUGUGCCUAAGAUGCAUGGUGAUUAGGUAAAACUAAUUUGUAAUUUUUCCGUUGGGUGUUUUUUUUUUGUUUGUUUUUGUUUCUUUUUACUGUUUGAUGCCUUUUAAAAAAUUUUGAUCUCUUUUCUGAAGCAGAGAACACUCCUUUUCUGGUAUUGGGUUUCUACAUUAAUUGACCAACUAACACAUUUUUGUGUAAGUUUUAAGUAAAGGGGACCAUGUAACUGAAUAUUAUGUUAUUGACCAAAAUGGCAAACGUUUUCAUAGGGUCAGCUUCCCCCAAGAAGAGCUUCUGUCAUUGUUUCACUACAGGGCUGGUGGCUGCUCUGAUUGUUCAUAGAAUUCUUUAAACUGGGUAGCACACUGUACAGGCUUUCUUGAUUUCAUUUGGCCAAUGCAAGAAUUUCAUUGGCUCCCCCCCCCACCAAAAAAAAAAUUAUUCCAUAGAUUGUUGGGAUUUUAACUUUUUACAUGGGAAAAAAAUUACUUAUGCAUGUUCACGCUGGGGGUCUCACUUCCUUGAGCAUCUGUAUCUUCCUUAAUCUCUCUUAAGGCACAGCUCACUGGAACAUGAAUGAAUCUUUAGUAAAUUCAUCUAAAUGCUAGGGAAAGCUGAGAGAGUCUUCCUUUAAUAGGAAAACAGCAGCACGUUUUUUCCUUCUCUCUACCCUCUUGGGGAAGAGCACCUUAAGGCCUGUAUUAGCUCAUGAGAUUUCAUCCUAGAACAGUCGAGAAAGCAUCAGUCCUAUCCACAGUCUCCCUAAUUAAUUAAUAAAAAGAUUUAAAAUUGUAAGCAAUGCCAACUUCAUUUUUUUGGGGUUUUUUUGGAGUUCCAAUGCUAAUAAAUUUCUUUUCAAUUGGAAAUUGAAGAAUCAGGCUGGUUUUGAGAUUAGUACUAGCAAUGAACCUACCUUCCAUCUGUGGAUUUAAAUCCUUUAGGGGAACACCCCUUUUAGAUUUUUGCACAUUUGCUAAUAUGGCACGACUUUAAAACUGACUUUGUCUGUUCUUACAUAAAUCUAUAGAAGAACCCACUCCCCAAAUAUAGCAUAUUUAUUAUCUCCCCUCAGACCUCACUGAACCUUGGUAUGCAGAACAAAUAAAACACAAUCAAGUUAUUUAUCAAGGUGAUCCAAGGUUUCAGUGAUGCCAGGGGACCAACCCUCAGUGCAGGGUGUCCAAGGGUCACCACGAUGUCCAUGGAAUACCAGAAUCUAUAAGGGUAUGGUCCUGACCUAAGAUGAGGGGCCAAAUGCUAAAUUUACAGAGACGAUUUGUGGCCUUCUUGGAUUAAAACAGUUGUAAAAGACCAGGCCUGACCUAUAAUUGGUGUGUAAAGAAUUAGCAUCCGCCCUGUAGAUCUGCCAGAGAAGGCUACCUCCUGCAGUGCUAUCUCUUGGUGAAUGCUAACUCUGCUCAAAGGCCUUUUGGGGGAAAGGACAGUGAAAAACCUCUAGAGAGGUAAGUUUUCCACCCUUCCAACCUCUCUCCAGCUGCAGCUUGCUUGGUGCUGUCAGAAUCUGGACUUGGGGGGAGUAUCUCUGUAGUGGAACCAGUGACAGAAGCUGUUCUUUAGAAUUUUCAGGAUUGGCUGUAUUCUGCGGUCAGAAUGAGAGAGUCAAGCUGGGCAGAAUCUCUCGCCAAGAGUUCAGGUAAGGUAAUGUUUAUUCACUGGGAAUGCUUUCCACAGCCAGACAGCUUUGCUGACAAUCUCAAGUUUUCUCCCAGUUUGUUUAAAUUUACAUGAUAAAUUUGUAACUUUUUAAAACUAAAUUUUGGUUGGAUUUACCAUGAAAACCUUUUUUUCUUUAUCCCAUGCAAAAUGGUUUGAAAUGUAAUUGUUUUUUAAAAACCCUAUGUGUUGGAAAUUCUUUAAUCUGUUUCCUCUUUUUCCUCCCUUUGAAAGUUUUGCAUAGUGUAAGCAUUUAUUAUGUCUUUUACCUUCCCUCUGCUCCUCCCCUGUGGGAGAUACUAAUGCUAUGAUCUGUGCUGAAAAAUGGCACUCUAAAGGUAUGGGAAGGAAGGAACCCCAAACUACAACCUGCUGUCCUUUCACGCCUUCCUUUGGAGACUGUUCCAUCAGUGCCGAGGUGUGUGAGAAAAUGCUUACUGCACCGCCAUCUUACUGAGUUGCUUCACAUGAGGAAAAUGGGGUUUUGACCCUGCCACUCAGUGACUCAGUUCCACAUUUUGGAUUGCAUACUGGAAAAGAAGCCAAUCUUCUUGCUAGUAAACCAACAACCCAGCUGUAUGCAGUGGUGACCCAAACAAUGGAUAUAAACCUAAAAAUCUAAGGGAGGGGUGAGGUGGAAUACAAUAGUUUUUGGAAUCUGAAAUCUCCUAUUUAUUUAAUCAGGUUAUUUACUGAGACUUGACAUAAAUCUGAUUGGUGGGGAUCUCUUAGGAUCUAGUGGACACCUGGUAUUAACUUACUCUCAGAGAAAUACCAAUUAACCCAGAGAGAAGUCUGGGUUCUGGAAUUCAGUGAGAGCUGCCUCAGGACAAUUGUGUAUGGCCUCCAUUUUUGUCUGUCAUUCAGAGCUGGCUUCCAGUCACAGUACCCUUUGCUGGAAGGAUCUGGGGUAGAUGGGUGGAUGGGUUUCUCAUUCAUUUUUUUUUUUUUUCCUCCCUUCGGGGUGGGGGAUUGCUUUGGCUUUCUUUUGUUGUGGUUUGUUUUGUUUCAUUUUUGGCAAGAUCAGUUUUCGCUGCAAGGACUUGAAAAGACUGAAGGAUGCCACCUGUUUUUCCUUGAGGCCUUGAUUUUUAUAUUCUGUCCUGAGCAGAAGUUAUUCCUCACAGCCUAGGGAACCAAUAGCAUCAGCGAUUUUAUUCAGUUACUCUUUGGGAAGUUUUGGGUUCUGUUUUUUUUUUUUUUAUUCUCUUUCCUUAGCAGCAAGGUCUUUAUUCCUGGAGAAUCUACUCCAUUGUAGACUCACUGCAACGUCAGGAGCCCUAACCGAUUAAGUGCUGUCAGCUUGAUGUACUACUGCGGACUCUGGAAACAGAUAUUGGUUCUAUUCUGUAUUUCCACUGUGUGUAGCUAAAACAACGGUCGGAGGCCAGAUGACCUGUUAGAUGGCUAGCUUUGUAUAACUCGACUCUGUAUGUUCCCAUGUAUGUUACCACAAUGCUCCUCCUGUUGUACAGUGUCUGUGCGAUGCUCUUUGAAGAUGGUACUUUUUUUUUUUUUCAUUUUCAAUAAAAGUACAUUACCUCCCACUUCCUGGUAUUUAAUCCUGUUGCUGAAUGUGCCUUGUGUGAGUGUGUGCUCCGGCGUUGCAGGACCUCAGAGCUGGAGGUGGCAUUCGGUGGUUCUUGGGGGCUGGCUGCCUUCCUCACUGCAGGUGGUGUUAGACAUAUGCUACCUGAGGCCUUCAUGGUGAAACACCUCCUGGAGUACUCCCAGGCCACAGAUUCUAACCUCAAGUACAGCUUGCUGUUAGUCCUGGGCCUCCUUCUGACAGAAAUUGUGCGCUCCUGGUCACUUGCACUGACUUGGGCAUUGAAUUACCGAACUGGUGUCCGCUUGCGGGGGGCCAUCCUCACCAUGGCAUUUAAGAAGAUCCUGAAGUUAAAAAACAUUAAAGAGAAGUCCGUGGGUGAGCUCAUCAACCUGUGCUCCAACGAUGGGCAGAGGAUGUUUGAGGCCGCCGCUGUUGGCAGCUUAUUGGCUGGAGGACCCAUUGUUGCCAUCUUGGGCAUGAUUUAUAAUGUAAUUAUCCUGGGACCAACAGGCUUCUUAGGAUCAGCUGUUUUUCUCCUCUUUUAUCCCGCAAUGAUGUUUGUAUCACGGAUCACUGCAUAUUUCAGGAGAAAAUGUGUAACCACUACAGAUGACCGUGUCCAAAAGAUGAAUGAAGUCCUCACCUACAUUAAAUUUAUUAAAAUGUAUGCCUGGGUCAAAGCAUUUUCUCAAAGUGUUCAAAAAACCCGAGAAGAAGAACGACGGAUAUUAGAAAAAGCCGGGUACUUUCAGAGCAUCACUGUUGGCGUGGCUCCCAUCGUGAUGGUGAUUGCCAGCGUGGUGACGUUCUCUGUUCACAUGACCCUUGGCUUCGAUCUGACAGCAGCACAGGCUUUCACAGUGGUGACCGUCUUCAAUUCCAUGACUUUUGCUUUGAAAGUAACUCCGUUCUCAGUAAAAUCUCUCUCAGAAGCAUCGGUUGCUGUUGACCGGUUUAAGAGUUUGUUUCUGAUGGAAGAGGUUCACAUGAUAAAGAAAAAACCAGCCAGUCCUCACAUCAAGAUAGAGAUGAAAAAUGCCACCUUGGCAUGGGACUCCUCCCACUCCAGUAUCCAGAACUCACCCAAGCUGACCCCCAAAACGAAAAAAGACAAGAGGGCUGCCAGGGGCAAGAAAGAGAAGGUGAGGCAGCUGGAGCACACUGAGCAUCAGGCGGUGCUGGCAGAGCAGAAGGGCCACCUCCUCCUGGACAGCGACGAGCGGCCCAGUCCUGAGGAGGAAGAGGGCAAGCACAUCCACCUGGGGAACCUCCGCCUGCAGAGGACGCUGUACAACAUCGACCUGGAAAUCGAAGAGGGUAAACUGGUUGGAAUCUGUGGCAGUGUGGGAAGUGGAAAAACCUCUCUAAUUUCAGCCAUUUUAGGCCAGAUGACACUUCUAGAGGGCAGCAUUGCAGCCAGUGGAACCUUUGCUUACGUGGCCCAGCAGGCCUGGAUCCUUAAUGCCACUCUGAGAGACAACAUCCUCUUUGGGAAGGAACUUGAUGAAGAAAGAUACAACUCUGUGCUGAACAGCUGCUGCCUGAGGCCUGACCUGGCCAUUCUCCCCAACAGCGACCUGACUGAGAUUGGCGAGCGAGGAGCCAACCUGAGUGGUGGGCAGCGCCAAAGGAUCAGCCUUGCCCGGGCUUUGUACAGUGACCGGGACAUCUAUAUCCUGGAUGACCCCCUCAGUGCCUUAGAUGCCCAUGUGGGCAACCACAUCUUCAACAGUGCUAUCCAGAAACAACUCAAGUCCAAGACGGUUCUGUUCAUCACCCACCAGUUACAGUACCUGGCUGACUGUGAUGAAGUGCUCUUCAUGAAAGAGGGCUGUGUUACGGAAAGAGGCACCCAUGAGGAACUGAUGAAUCUAAAUGGUGAUUAUGCUACCAUUUUUAAUAACCUGUUGCUGGGAGAGACGCCGCCAGUUGAGAUUAAUUCAAAAAAGGAAACCAGUGGAUCACAGAAGAAAUCACAAGACAAAGGUCCUAAAACAGGAUCAGUAAAGAAGGAAAAAGCAGUGAAGCCAGAGGAAGGGCAGCUCGUGCAAGCAGAAGAGAAGGGGCAGGGUUCAGUGCCCUGGUCAGUGUAUGGUGUCUACAUUCAGGCUGCGGGGGGCCCCUUGGCUUUCCUGGUCAUUAUAUCCCUUUUCAUGCUGAACGUGGGCAGUACCGCCUUCAGCAACUGGUGGUUAAGUUACUGGAUCAAGGAAGGAAGUGGGAACACCACAGUGACUCAAGGGAACAAGACCUCUGUGAGCAGCAGCAUGAAGGACAAUCCUCACAUGCAGUACUAUGCCAGCGUCUAUGCCCUCUCCAUGGCUGUCAUGCUGAUCCUGAAAGCUGUUCGAGGAGUGGCCUUUGUCAAGGGCACGCUGCGAGCCUCCUCCCGGCUCCAUGAUGAGCUUUUCCGAAGGAUUCUUCGAAGCCCUAUGAAGUUUUUUGACACUACCCCCACAGGAAGGAUUCUCAACAGGUUUUCCAGAGACAUGGAUGAAGUCGAUGUACGCCUGCCGUUCCAGGCUGAGAUGUUCAUCCAAAACGUCAUCCUGGUGUUCUUCUGUGUUGGAAUGAUCGCAGGAGUUUUCCCAUGGUUCCUGGUGGCAGUGGGACCCCUCGGCAUCGUCUUUGCAGUUCUGCACAUUGUGUCCAGGGUCCUGAUUCGAGAGCUGAAGCGUCUGGACAAUAUCACACAGUCACCUUUCCUCUCCCACAUCACAUCCAGCAUACAGGGCCUUCCCACCAUCCAUGCCUACAACAAAGGACAGGAGUUUCUACACAGGUACCAGGAGCUACUGGAUAACAACCAGAGUCCUUUCUUCUUGUUCACAUGCGCAAUGCGGUGGCUUGCCGUGCGGCUGGACCUCAUCAGCAUCGCCCUGAUCUCCACCACCGGGCUGAUGGUCGUUCUCAUGCACGGCCAGAUUUCCCCAGCCUAUGCAGGGCUGGCCAUCUCUUACGCUGUCCAGUUAACAGGGCUGUUCCAGUUUACUGUCAGACUGGCAUCCGAGACAGAAGCUCGCUUCACCUCAGUGGAAAGGAUCAACCACUACAUCAAGACUCUCUCUUUGGAAGCACCUGCCAGAAUUAAGAACAAGGCUCCCUCCUCUGACUGGCCCCAGGAAGGAGAGGUGACCUUUGAGAAUGCGGAGAUGAGGUACCAAGAAAAUCUGCCUCUGGUCCUGAAGAAAGUGUCCUUCACCAUCAAACCCAAGGAGAAGAUCGGCAUUGUGGGCCGGACAGGGUCAGGGAAGUCCUCUCUAGGGAUGGCGCUCUUCCGCCUGGUGGAGUUAUCUGGAGGCUGCAUCAAGAUUGAUGGCGUGAGAAUCAGCGAUAUUGGCCUUGCUGACCUCCGAAGCAAACUCUCCAUCAUUCCUCAGGAGCCAGUGCUAUUCAGUGGCACAGUCAGAUCAAAUUUGGAUCCCUUCAACCAGUACACUGAAGACCAGAUUUGGGAUGCCCUGGAGAGGACGCACAUGAAAGAAUGUAUUGCUCAGCUACCUCUGAAACUUGAAUCUGAAGUGCUGGAGAACGGGGAGAACUUCUCGGUGGGGGAGCGCCAGCUCUUAUGCAUAGCAAGAGUCUUGCUCCGUCACUGUAAGGUUUUGAUUCUAGAUGAAGCCACAGCUGCCAUGGACUCGGAGACAGACUUACUGAUUCAAGAGACCGUCAGAGAAGCAUUUGCCAACUGCACUAUGCUGACGAUUGCCCAUCGCCUACAUACAGUCCUAGGCUCUGAUAGGAUUAUGGUGCUGGCCCAGGGACAGGUGGUGGAGUUUGACACCCCAUCGGUCCUUCUGUCCAAUGACAGCUCCCGGUUCUAUGCCAUGUUUGCUGCUACAGAGAACAAGAUAGCUGUCAAGGGCUAACUCUUCUUGCUGUCGGCGUCUUUCCUUCGGAGCAUUGCCAUUCCCUGCUGGGGCGGGCCGCUCUUCCUGUCCUGCCGAAACCUUGCCUUUCCCGAUUUUAUCUUUCGCACAGCAGUUCAGGAUUGGCUUGUGUGUUUCACUUUUAGGGAGAGUCAUAUUUUGAUUAUUGUAUUUAUUCCAUAUUCAUGUAAACAGAAUUUAGUUUUUGUUCUUAAUUGCACUCUAAAAGGUUCAGGGAACCGUUAUUAUAAAUGUAUCAGAGGCCUAUAAUGAAGCUUUAUACGUGUAGCUAUAUCUAUAUAUAAUUCUGUACAUAGCCUAUAUUUACAGUGAAAAUGUAAGCCGUUUAUUUUAUAUUAAAAUAAGCACUGUGCUAAUAACAGUGCAAAUUCCUUUCUAUCAUUUUUGUACAGUUUGCUGUACUAGAGGUCUGGUUUUGCUAUUAGACUAUAGGAAGGGGUAGCAUAUUGUUCUUUACUAGAUGGUUGUUUCACGGUGCCAGGUUUUCUGGGUGUCCAAAACGAAGAUGUGUGGCAAUAGUGGGCCCCUCCAUCGGCCCCCUCUGUCACCUCCCCACAACCACUCCGGGGCAAGGUGGAGUAGGAGAGGGGGCCAUUGGAGGCCAUGCAGAGCGCCGUGAAUUCUCAGGGCUCCUGCUUUCUGUCCUGGUGUCACUUCCCUGUUUGUGUCAGGAGGGCAGUGGGGCAAAGCCCCAGACGCUUUUUCAUUUCCUCUGUCAGGAACGAGAAUCAGAAACAUUCCUCGGCAAAGGGGAGUUUCUUUCCUGCCUUCCUCUUUUUGCUGUUGUUUCUUAACAAGAACCCAGUCCGAGUGCCCCACUGCCUCAGGUUCCUGACGCUGGCCACUGCACAGAGCUAUCCGGCUCCUGGACCUGUUGGUUCCGAACCCUGGAGCCAACUGCUGCUUUUUUCAGUGGUACUUUUUCAUUUGCCUGGUCCCACACCUCCACAGUUCAGUGACAGGGUUCAGGAUUUUGUGGGUCUGUUUUCCUUUCUCACUGCAGUUGUCGCACAGUCUCUCUCUCUCUCUCCAAAGUCUGCGACUUUAAGCAGCUCUUGCUAAUCAGUGUCUAACACUGGUGUAGAAGUCUUUUGUACUGUAAAGAGACCUACCUCAGGUUGCUGAUUGCUGUGUGGUUCGGCGUGUUCCCGCAAAUUCCCUUUGUGCUGUGGGGCCAGUAGCUCAGGUGGGCGUGGUCGCUGCUGUCAUCAGUGGAAUGGUCAGCGUUGCAUGUCGUGACCAACUAGACAUUCUGUCGCCUUAGCAUGUUUGCUGAACACCUUGUGGAAGCAAAAAUCUGAAAAAGUGAAUAAAAUUAUUUUGAAUUUUGUAAAA